UUUCGGAGCCAGGCGCUGAUACUGCGGCUAGCAAAGAAGGUGGCGCCCGAUCCCGGCGCUCGGCACCCAACUACCCAGAUGUAGAUCCCGCUAGAGGGCGGCCCAAGCACUCAUGGACCAAGGCUAGCAAGGCACAGACGAUGCUGAUGAGCGAGCCUCUGCCUGCGAAGAGCGCCUGUGGUCAUGGAUCGAGCCCGUCUAGCCGAAUGGAUCACCCAGCGUGGCGGGGCAGUGGUCCCCGACCACAAAAAGUGCAUUGAGAUAUUUUCAGACCAGAAGCAGCUUGAAGAAGCUGGCGUCGAAAGCAGCCUGCCUGACAUGUAUCUCAUCGCGGAUAAGGCGUCAACAACAGCUAAAUACCUAACGGCACUAGCACUGGGAGUUCCGCGUGUUUCUGGAGUGUGGAUCAGCGAGUGCGUUAUGAGCCAGAAGCUAGAGGACUACCGGCCGUUCCAGCUCUCAAACGGCUGGUCUGAGGAGCUAGGCGCCAUGUGCGCAAGCACAUUCAUCGAAGGGUUCUUGCACGGCACCACAGUGCUGGUUUCGGGCUCAGCACAGUUCCAGCACAACUGGUGCCAGCUGCUGACAUUAGCCGGUGCCAAAACUAUUACUCCACCAGCAGCGGCGCUUGGGUCACGGACAGCCGCAAAGAGUCCGCAGAUCGUCUGUGACUUUAUCCUGUCCGACAAAAAGCUGCGCAAUGGCAAAGAGAGCAAGAUGGCCAAGAUGUGCACGCGGAAUCGGCGGCUGUCGCAGCAGCAGUGGAAUACAAUGGCCGUUGAAACCGGCUCUCCGCUCAAGGAUUACGGAGUUGAUGACGGAGUCUCAACGAUCCUGGACAAGGGCAGUGAAGGCGGCCUUGGUACUGAACCAAGCAUCGGUGAGGCAUUUGGCGAUGCGGAUGGAAAUGCGGAUAGUUCGGCUGACCCAUGGCUUGUCAGCCAUCGGUGGGCGAGACAAUGCCUGAUAAACCAGCGCGUGUUGCGGUUCAACGGCCACCCUUCCUAUGUCGAAUACAGCUGAGCGACACAGCCUUUGCUGUAGUUCCUUUGCACAAAGGCGAGAUUCGUCAUGGGAUUCACGCUGCUUGAUAGACCUUCCUCGAACAAAAUUCAUAAUUCAAGAGCUUGCUGGUGGGUGUGCUAUUAAUAGACAAGUAACAGUCGUGGAGGUUGCGGUAGUGUGGAUGUAGGUUGCUUCGCACUAUAUCACCGAUACAGGUUGUCAAAUGGCUGUAGCCUCCCUGCAAUCAAGGCAAGCGGAUCAGGGGGUUCUUAUACAUCGUUCUUGAUGUUGG